GUCCGUCGUCGCAAGAUGGCGGUCAUGAAAGGGUUUCUUGUUUUCAUACUAAUCUUCCUACCAGCUUGUUUCAGCAAGCCGUUCAACACUAGCAGAACCCUCGACCCUGAAAAGGCAAAUGAGAUAAAGAAGGAAAAACUUUUUCUGGAAGAUCACUUAAAAGGCGUGAAACUUGAACGAGAUGGCCAUGUUAACAAAGAUUACCAUCACGAAGCUUUCCUCGGGAAAAUGGUAGAGAAUGGCACUUUGUUGUUCGACAAUAUGGAUGGUUACAGGCGGCUUAUCGACCUCUUCCAUCAAGUAGACAAGGACGGGGAUCAUUUGAUCAGCCGGCCUGAAAUGAUAGAGUGGAUUCACGGGAAAAUCAGAGAGCACGUUCAAGAAGCUCGCGAAAACAAUAGGCGAAAGUUUAAGGAAGCGGACAAAAACGGCGACAGCGUCGUUACAUGGAAUGAAUUUCAAGAGAAGCUAAAAGAACUUAAUGCCACUCGGAAGAUCGAGGUCGAAAAAGAAUUAGAUGAUGUUGGUGAACCCCAGGACCCAAUAGUUGAGUACCAUGACAAAUUCAGAAGAGGGGACUUGAACAUGGAUGACAAGCUGGAUGAAACAGAGUUCCUUUACUUUGAGCACCCUGAACACAAUCCACAGAGUAUAAAAGAUUUGGUAGAAGACAUGAUACAAAAUUUUGACAAAAACCAAGACAAGGUCCUGACCAAAGAGGAAUUUGCGCAACUGCCACCAGGAGAGGUGGAUACACAGCAAGAUGCUGACCUUGAUGAGGACUACCGUAAGGAACGCGAAGAUGAAUUCGUUGCUAUGGAUGAAGAUGGAGACGGUGUAGUUACCGUAGAUGAACUGACCAAAUACCUGGAUCCCACUCACAAACAGCGGGCCAUCAACGAAGGCAAUUAUUUGGUGUCAAUGGCAGACAGAAAUCGCGACGAUCAGCUAUCAGAGAAGGAAGUACUUAUGAAUUACCAACUUUUCACUGGGAGUACAAUGGCUAAUUACGCUGGCUAUUUACACGAUGAGUUUUAAGAGUAUUCCUUUUGAUUCUUUGCCUGAUUUAACCUGGCGUAAGAAGCGAAAGAACAGGAGGAGAAAAGACAUGCAUUCUCAGUUGGAUGUUAAAAAAAGAACAAGACAAAACAGACUUACAUUUUUUAACUUUUAUAGAUCUAUUUAGUAUAUUAGGGAUAGAAAUUAUUUCAUCAGAUGAAGUAUAUUUGUGGUGUCGUUGGAAA